AUGUCUGCGACUCCCGAAUUGGCCAAAAACGGCCAGGGAGCAUUUGUAAGGCCCAGCAAGCGGCAAAACAGGCCGGACGAGGAUGUUCGGGGUAGACUUAGCGAUAAAAUAGAGGAAACCCCUAGUGACAUCUGCACGUAUCUGGAACUGGUACGACUGCUCCAAGACCAGGAUCAGGACCAGCUGCAGGAGGCUCGCCAAGUGCUGGACAAACUGCACGAACGAUUCCCACUUUUUGCGCCACUGUGGACAGUAGAGCUCGGUUACGACCUCGAGCGUGACGAAUUCACACACGCAGAAACCCUGCUGACCCGCAGUCUGUCGGGAGAGCUGGACAACAACGAUUUAGGGCUGUGGUUUAUGUACUUGGACUUUGUUCGUAGGAAGAACAACAUCAUUACUGGCGGAGAAGAAGCGCGUAGUGUGGUGCUUAAGGCGUUCGACGCUGUCGCCACUAAGUGUGCUAGCUUUGAGCCGCGGUCGUCGACGUUUUGGGCCGAGUAUUUGUCCUUUCUAGAGCACUGGAAGCCCGUGAGCAAGUGGGAAGAGCAGCAAAGAGUAGAUCUCACACGCACGCUGUACAAACGUAUGCUUUGUAUUCCCUUCGAUGGUCUGGAGAGAUCGUGGAGCAAAUACACGCAAUGGGAACAAGAAGUCAAUUCUUUGACGGCACGUAAGUUCAUUGGCGAGCUUUCAGCUAACUACAUGAAAGCGAGAUCGCUUUACCAGGAAUGGGCAAACAUAACGAAAGGUCUAAGAAAAACACUUCCAUCCCGUCUUUCACAAUGUUCGCGUCAAACCAUCCCGCAGCCUGGCCAAUAUGAUAUCGAGCAAUUACGCCUGUGGAAAGAAUGGAUCCAGUGGGAGCUGCAAAACAAAUCGGAUUUACCAGAAGCAGAACAUAAGCAACGCGUCGAAUAUGUCUACAAACAGUCGAUACAACAUGUUUUGUUUUCGCCAGAAAUUUGGUACAACUACACCAUGUACGUAAUGUCAUAUUCGACUUCAAAAGCUAGAGAGCUCUUGAUGCUAGGAACGAAGGCUAAUCCGGGAUCCUGUACUUUGACCUUCAAACUAGCUGAGUCGCAUGAGUUAGAAAAUGACGUGAGUGAAAUGCAAUUGUGUUUCGAGAGAUGCAUCGACCAGUUGGUCUUGGAAUACCAUAUCAUGAGCGAUGAGAACGAAGACACUUACGAGAAAAGACAAAAAAUCACGUUUGCUUACUGCAUAUAUAUGAAUGCGAUGAAACGAGUCUCAGGAUUGUCUGCCGCUCGUAAGGUUUUUGGCAAAUGUCGUAAGCUGAAGGACCUUCUAACACAUGAAAUCUACAUCGAAAAUGCAUACUUGGAAUAUCAUAACCAAAACGACCAUAAGACAGCCUGUAAAGUACUCGAGCUGGGUAUGAAAUACUUUGCCGAUAACGGAGAGUAUGUGAACAAGUACCUGGACUUUUUAAUUUUGAUAAAUCAGGAUGGUCUCAUAAAAUCGCUAUUCGAAACUUCUCUGGAUAAAGUAACAGAAGUGGACCAGCUGCAAAUUAUCUACAAGAAAGUCAUCAACUAUGAAUCGAAGUUUGGUAACUUGACCAAUGCGUAUUCAAUUGAAAAUCGGUUCUUCGACAAGUUCCCCCAACUGGAGAAAAUCGAAGUAUUCACAGAUCGUUACCAGGUGCAAGACAGCAAUCUUGUCAAAAAACUAGAGUUGGAUUAUUUAUACCAGUCAAGCAUUUGUUCCGACACUCCUAGCAGUGAUCGCAAGAGGCAAAGAGGUAAUUCGUUCUCAAACGAAAUUUCAGGAAACGCUAAAAGAACAAAGUCGGAAGAUUUUGUCACAAAAAAUGUUAUCGAGCUGCUGAAAGUGUUACCAAAGCGCCAAUAUUUCAAGACAGCGGUCCUGGACGCCGAAAAGUUAACAAGAUACUUGUGUGAAAACGUAAGUAUACCCUCUGGUGCGGAGGCAAAAUAG